UUCUGUCUGUAAAUUGGAAGAAGAUGAACCAGACAGUGAUCGGAGAGUCCUGUGAUACAUUUAGAAAGCAUUCUAUUAAUUCAACUAACUUCGUUUAAUAUCAAAGCACGUAUUACUUUUGUUUUCUAUCUAUGCUGCUGUCCAAUUGGUCGCGAUAAUGCACCCAUAGUUUGCCUACCGCCAAUAAAAUUCAAAGAAGAAGAAGAGCCGGCCAAUCACGUGGCUUCCUCAAAACAUUAGGAACAUCUACUUCAAUCAUAGCUAGCUACUUGGAAGCAAGGAACAGUACAUAUUUUCCAGUACGGGAAAUACAACAUGAAGUCAGUAUUAACGUUAGUUACUUUGUUGAUAUUGACGGUUGCUGCACACUUGAGUUUACGACAGGCCUACACGCUACGACGACGGCAUUUCUGCUUAACGCUAGUUAAGUUUUAACUUUCUUUUAACAAAUUCAGAAUCAUUAACGUUAGGUUAAAUUACAUAGCUUUGUUACUAAAAGACGGAUGCACUGGACACGAAGAUGGAGGUGUCUGUUAAAGGGAAGGUCAAAAGGAGGCACCUGAAUGCAGCGGAGUGUGAUGAACUGGGACGAAGUGCAGAGGGAACUGAUGCCCUCACCCAGCCCCACGCUGUCAACUAUGGCCAGGACAACCGCAACCCUAACCUGCGGCUUUACCCCAGGACACCCACCAAGCGACGGAAGUGUGCAUCUGCCUCAGGAAGUCCUGCGGGACAACAGAAGGGCAUCGGCGACUUCUUCUCUGUGACUGGAGUCAUCAGUUCCAGUCUGCACAAAUCCUCCCAGCCAUGCUCGUCCACAUGCACAAAUGAACUCAGUAGAGAGCUUUUUCCCAAAGAAGAGCCAAAGGUUGUGAAAGAGGAGGAUGAAUAUGUCAGCCUGUUAGCUGGUGCAAUGGCGCCAGAACCUGAAGCAGAGGAGGAAGAGGAGGUUGAUGAUGUAAGCCUGUUAGCUGCUGCGAUGGUUCCGGAGCUUGAGACAAAGCAGGAGGAGGUGGUGGAUUAUCUGGAGGGAAUGACAGCAGAGAUGUUUGGGGAUGAUGAUGAAUUUGCCCAAUGUAACAGUGAUUUUCACAAUGAGGAGGAGGUGGAGGCCCUCCCAGACGCCCACUAUGGGCUCUUCGGCAGCAGCAAGGUCCUGCUGCAGCCCCAGGGUUGCAUGGAUGACCUUCCAGAGGAAGUGCUGAGGCAAGUGCUGUGCCUAGUCCCUGCCAAGGACCUCUACCGCAAUGUCAGCCUUGUCUGCCAUCGCUGGAGGAACAUCGUCCAGGACACCAAGUUUGUCCCCUUCAAGAAACAGUACUUCCGCUACAUGAUGAGGGAGAAGAAUACAGUGCUGGAGAUCUUCUCCAUCCUGAAGAACAGCCGCAUUAGAGAUCCAGCAUCAUCACAGCACAGCAUACGAUACCUUGUUGUUUUAAUGGCCCAGCAUAAGGUUGGAGAGUGGGUCAGGCCAGAGGACGUUCUGGAGUGUGUUAAGAGACAUCGCCUUUUUCCUCAGGCUGAGGCCUCCAUCAGAUUACGUCUUCCUGAUAUUCAGAAGUGCUUUAACCUUGGCAUUGAGGGUCCCAACCCGUACGCGGCCAUGGCUGUCAUAUUGAUCCUAAGUGAGAGUGUUGUUGACGUGCAGGCCUUGGUGUCUCUACUCACUAGCUGCAUGUCAGACACCGCCAUCACGGAGUACCUCAGUCACAUGGCCAUGAUGUUGCUCGCCUUAAAGAGGAGCAACAUCCAGAUUAGUAACAGGCUGCAUUACAACAUCUACUACGUACUUCACCUGAUGGAGAACGGCCCCUUUUCAGUCAGCUCCAGUCAGAGUGGGCAGCCUGAGAUUCAUCUCACACAUGAACAGCAGCAGAUCCUCAGUCACGACAUCCAGAAAGACCAUGUGGUCAAGAUUGUGGCUUUUGCAGGUACAGGGAAGACAACCACAUUGGUAAAGUACGCUGAGCGGCGACCACACCUCCGCUUCCUGUAUGUGGCCUUCAACAAGUCAGUGGCCAGUGAGGCGCAGCGCCGCUUUCCCAGAAAUGUGGACUGCAAGACUGUCCACUCGUUGGCCUUCAACAAAGUUGGGAGGAGCUACCAUUCCUGUCAGAAGCUGACCUUUAACCUGAAGCCAUUCGCUCUCAACUCUGUUCUGCCUGAAGGCCGCGGUGGCUUUGCCAAAGCCAAAGUGGUGGCCACAACUCUCAACACCUUCAUGGCUUCAACGGACCAGACUAUCACUACCAGGCAUGUCCCCAGCACCCGCAUAAUCAAGAAGCGCCACAGGGUGGUUAUAGAAGAAAGUGAAAAACAGUUGUUUGUCCACGACGCGCAGACAAUCUGGAAUAAAAUGAAGGAUCUCAAUGAGAAAAAACAUGACGCCUUCUACAUGACCCACGAUGGUUACCUCAAGUUAUGGCAGCUCCAAAUCCCGAAGCCCCAGUUGUCUGACCAAUACGAUGUCCUCUUCAUCGAUGAGGCCCAGGACUGCACUCCAGCCAUCAUGGAUGUGCUUCUCUCUCAGCGCUGUGGGAAAAUCCUGGUUGGAGAUCCUCACCAGCAGAUCUACACCUUCAAAGGAGCCGUCAAUGCCCUGCACACUGUCGACCACACACACAUCUACUACCUGACACAGAGCUUUCGGUUUGGUGCUGAGAUUGCCUAUGUGGGUGCCACCAUCCUCAAAGUGUGCAAGAGAGUACAGAAGAUUCUAGUUGGAGGAAAGCAAAAAAGCGGUGUGUGUGACGAGACUGCAGAAACGGUUGAAGCAGCCAUAAGGACGGGUGUCAGUCAUUGUCAGGGGAAGAUGGCCAUCUUGUCAAGAUGCAAUCUCAGUGUGUUCAGCGAAGCCGUCCGGCUCACCGAUGCCAACCCGCUCUGCCGGGUCCACUUCAUAGGAGGUGUCAAAGGUAUCGGCCUCAAUAGGAUCCAGGACAUCUGGCAGCUGAUGCAAGGGCCAGGCCGACACCCACAAUUUAUCAGGGAUCCCCUUAUUCGCUCCUUCGCCAAAAAAAAUCGAAAUGCCUUCUGGGCCCUGAAGGCGUAUGUCACGCAGACCGAGGACAGGGAGCUAGAGGCCAAACUCAGCAUUGUUGAAAAAUACAGAAGUCGAAUCCCCGAACUGGUGACGCGCCUGGAAAGGUGUUUUGAAAAUGACUUUCACAAAGCAGACUUCAUAGUCGGAACAGUCCACAAGGCUAAAGGUCUGGAGUUCGACACUGUGAUGGUCUCCGAUGACUUUGUCAAGGUUCCAUCUUCGAGACACAACCUGCACUUCUAUCCCGACUUCUCGUUCGCUAACAUUCCUGAUGAUGAGUGGAACCUGCUGUAUGUGGCGGUGACUCGUGCCAAGACCUCCCUGAUCAUCACUAAGAACAUCCGCCACAUCCUCACAGUGGCUGGGGAAUAUUUCCUGAAGUCGGAGAUGCCCAGCUCCUUGCAGAAGGAGGGCAAGUGUCUCCCGUGCUCCGUCACAGACUGUCCCAACUGCACCACACCCGGCUCAGCAUUCACCAUGCACAAACAACCGAUGAAAUGUACCGAUGGUGUGUUUGCCGGCGGCCCGUUGUGCGAGAGGUGUGUGUGGACACGCAUCGGGCCAACUGCCUUCCUCAUGACUGAUGACGUGCUCUCGAUGGCUGAAAUACCACGAAGACUCGGCCCGCCUGACCACCACGUGAUGCUCCUGGCGCUUUUCUAACACUGCUUAUCUUGUCUUGUGUAUUGUUGGAAAAGGACUUUGAGGUCACCUUUUUAAAAUGCUGACCAGGACGUGAACAGCCAGGAAUAACGUCAGGUGUUCGAUCACCCAGAGACACUGAAACAGACUGUUUUGUAAUUUGUUUUAAUGUGUAUUUUCCUCUCUGAGUUAAAGGGACCUGGAUGUUAUAAUAUCGGUUGAGAUUCCCCUUCAGAAGGCAAUUAACCGACUAUAGCUUCCAGUGGCCGUCGGUAGAGGACUGAGAUUUUGUGAUUGUGUGACACUGUUUGGUUAAAAAAAAAAAAAAAAAGACAACUACUGGCCCACUUGUCUACUUUUAUUUAAAAAGAAACAAAACAAUGUUUUGUGAGCAUCUUUCUUCUUUAAUCAAGUCUGGGUUUUUGAUGACAAUUUUUUUUUGACUUUUUGGUACUUUGUGGUUAAAGUGUGUAUUAUGACCUUUUUAAAAGUAGCUGACAAGAUAAAACUUCAUUGCAUUUCAUUAGUUGUUUUGGAUGUAGCAUUAACAGUACUCCACAUUGAGUUGUAAGGCAGACAAUGCACAAAUGACGGCACUUGGAUUUACUGAAUUCUGUUCUUCCUGCCAAACAGCUGCUACCAAUUAGCCUCAGCUCCUUGGAAACACUGUCUGACAGCAUUUCCAGUCAGGGAAAAAUACAAAAAACAAAAGCUUUUCAGUACAUUAGACAAAAAUGAGAAUUAAUUAUUAAACAAGUAUUAAAGUACUAAGUCGUGUUCAAGAGGCUCCCCUAGGCUGAGAAAGAGAUUUAUUUAUCAGCAAAGUGUGCUGACAACCAACAUCUCUUAUACAAUGUAAAUGCUGUUACAUUGUUAAAAUUUUCUCCUGGAGUCUAUCUACACUGGUGUAUGUGACCAGCUGUGAGUGACCAGAGAAUGUAACAGGAAGUCUGCUGUGCACAUUUGUUGCUGAGCAAGUUGUUUUGUAUUACUUUAUAUAAAGAAGUUUACUUAAAGAACUGGAGAAAUCAAACGUCAUUCCAGACAAAAUUAUAUUACUCUUACAUAAAAUGUACACAUAGUUUUCACUUGAAUGCUUCAGAAUAUUUUUAAUUCUCAUACAAAGGUGGACAGUGGAGAGCAACAAGAAAUACUGGAAUAAGACAAGAGGGAUGACCAUUAUAAAACUGGGAAAACACUGAAAUUCACAAGUAGGCAUGCAUAACAACACUGAUAAAAAACAAAACAUGCUUGAAUUAAAAAAACAACUAUUAAAUAUACAAUUGUCCAUACAUAUCUGACAUGUCUGGAAAUGAUAUAUAUUUUAGUAACAGUGAUUUAUAAUACAUUGAAACACCUCAUAUAAAAGCUUUACUUGUGUCAUACAUCGUAUCUAUGCUGAAUACAGCUAGUUGCUAAAAGCCAAGAAUUGCUAACAGGGUUUAUACUUUACAUCAUGGGGAGACGAAUUCAUAAAGAGGAAGAUUCCAUUUGUGAGACACUAUCCACAACAAACUAAGUGACUCAUUUAAAUUUAGACAGGGGCGGCACGGCUCAGGAGGUAAAGUGGCUAGUGUCUAGUAAUCGGAAGUGUCCUUGAACAAGACACUAAACCCCUAACUGCUCCUGAAGAGCAGGUUGGCACCUUGUAUGCACCCGUGUAUGAAUGUUGGCAUGUGUUGCAAAAUACUUUGAGCGGUCAGUAGGCUAAAAAAGUGUUACAUACACAAAAUAAAAUGGAUUGAUAUAAAUGCAGCCCUUUUAUCAGUUAUCAGGGGAAGUGGGUGUUAACUUCCUUUUGCAUGAACAUCCAUUAUGCUACUGUAAUCAUGGCCAGUAUCUAAAUUGUUAAAGUAUUUCGUUUGGAGAUUGACGUCAAGACAUUGCUCUAACCACUGACGGGGGUGGUUCUUCUCACCAACAUCCACUGCUGAGCAGUUAUAGCUGAUAACAAAAUAUCAAGGAAGGUUUUUUUUAGAAUUUGGGGGUUUUCAACAAGCUGGGGACAUUUUCUUUUCUAUAAUUAACAACAUUUUUCUACACUUAUUCCAGUAUUUUUAGACUGCGUAGUUUUACACCAUGGUGAUUAAAUUCUGGCCAGAGGCCUGAACAACAUGAACUGGUGUUUUUCAUUAAACCAUUACAACAUAAUGACCACCUGUUGCAACAGCUGUCUGUUGGAGUUAGAUUCAAGGAAGUAGCUCUGGUGGGAGAGCUGGUCAUCCAGGGUCUACCCUGGUUACCCGAGACAUUGUAUUUGGAAAGACACCUUGCUGUUGAGUUUUUCAAAUGUAUUUCUUUUAGUGCUUUCAGCAGCACAAACAAAAUCCCAUUCAUCCCGAUUGUACUGAAAUGGCGGCAAAAGUUUCAGAGCCGGAUAUCUUAAAAUCUCAGGAGAUAAGAUAAAACUACCUGACCCCGUUAAUGGGGUGAAGUGACAAAAUGCGUUUUUGGAUUUUGGUUGGACACACGUAAGUAUUGACAUUAGUCAGUGCCUCUGGCUCAGUACCAGCUGCUAACAGAUUUUGUAACAUAAAAAAAUGUGGAAAAAGUGAAGCGCUGUGAAUACUUUCCGGAUGCACUGUAUGUUUGCUAAUUAGCCUAGCUUAGUUUACAACUAGUCAUACUAGCCUUUGGCUCUUUAAGUAGGUACUUAGCUA